ACACCACGUACCAUGUAUCCAUGGGGAAGACUCCUUUUGAAGUGGUGUAAGGAAGACAACCACCGAAUAUUUUGAGAUUUCUCUCUAAUGAAACUAAAGUUGAAGUUGUGGCUUUGGAGCUAAGUGAAAGAGAUGAAGCUUUAUCUCAAUUAUAGGCACAUUUAAUAAAAGCUCAAGAGCAGAUGUCUAGUUAUGCUAACAAGAAAAGAAGAGAUUUGAGCUUUCAUGUCGGUGAGUGGGUUUUUCUGAACUUGCGUCCUCAUAGGCAACAAUCAGUGAUAAGGAGAAUCAGUCAAAAGCUUGCUGCACGUUUUUAUGGCCCAUUUAAAAUUGUUGGUAACGUUGGAGAGGUGGCAUACAAGUUGAAACUCCCAAAUCACUCUCGCAUUCAUCCUAGAUUUCAUGUAUCCUUGUUGAAGAAAGCCAUUGGCAACUAUGAGACACAAGGAGAACUUCCUGCAGAUUUGGAGGUUUCUGAUGACAUUGAUGCUUAUCCUGAGCAGAUUAUGGGGUCUAGAGUAACUGUCAAGGAAGGAGUGAUUGUACAACAGAGCUUGAUUAAGUGGAAACAUAAGUCUCUUAAUGAUGUCACAUGGGAAGAUAAUGCCUUUCUAGCUGGUCAGUUUCCUGAAUUCAGUCUUGAGGACAAUGACUGUUUUGAAGGGAGGGAGUGUUGAUAGAAAUACGGAUCAAGAUGUGGGCUUAAACAUUGGGCCUCAACCUAGAGUAUAGAGAGUUUACACAAGGAGAAAAAGCUCCAAAGAUAAAGAGGUGGUGACUGGUGACGUGGCCACGUGAGGCUUGAAUCA